UUCUAUAUAUAUAUAUAAUAAAUAGAUUGCAAAAGUAUGGUUAUCGAUAGUUACAAUGGUUAUAGUUUACGAGAUAUAUUUAUGAUCGAAGUGUUCAUAUCGUUAUAAGAAAUAUUUAUUUAUUUAUUUAUUUCGUCCUUCUCGUCGUCGUUUGUAUCAGUCGUGCUUGUGUCUGUGCGUGUUUGUGCGCGUGUGUGUGUAUAUACGCGUGUACAAUCUUUCAUCGAUCAUCGAUCUAUCAUCGAAAAUCAUUACCCAUGAGAGAUCGUCGACAAAUUUUUUCUAUCAUCAUCGAUUAAAACUAUCCAAUUUUUGCCUACAUAUAUAUAUAUUUUUGCCGAAUUAGUAAUAAUCAUCUUAAAGAAGGUGCAAAACUUUUCGAAUCGUUUAUAAUAAGAAAUAUAAAUGUGACUUUCGAGUUUCUACGAAGCUGAUCUCAAGAUUCAGUAGGUGUGUGCGGAAAUUGUGCGUGUUCUUUUCAACGAGGGAUCGGGGGUAAGAGGAGAAGGAGAAGGAGAAGGUGGAGGAGAAGGUGGAAAAGGGAGGUUUGGUUGAUAUAAUAUAUCACCGUAGUUAAGGCCUAUUUCAAUACUAUACGGGAAAACUAAGGAAUUAAUAUAACAACACGUCAGUAUAAACGGGCGUAACAAAGAUUGACAAAUGAAAUGAAACGAAAUGAAAUUCGUGGAGAGGAACAAAAAAAAAGGGUUAGAAGGACAGGGGUUCUUGACGGAUACUUUGGUAACGUUUAACGAUAAGUGUCCACCCUAUCUAAUAGGGAGAAAGUAGAAAAACCUCGUACAAACAGACUGGCGCAUGGUCAUUCUUCGUCGUAAUUACCGAGAAGAUAAGAAUGAGGAUCGGAUUAAAGAUAUAGAAGAAGAGAAUGGGAACCGCAGAAUGGAGUGCGUGGCUCCAGCGAUGUCGAGAAUCACGAAGGCUUGUCCUCGUGAUAGUUGCCAUCGCUUUGCUACUCGACAACAUGCUUUUAACAACGGUCGUUCCAAUUAUUCCGGAAUUUCUCUACGACAUAAAACACCCUAACGCAACUCUAAGCGAGCAUCUUGAUGGAAACGUUAAUCAUAGAUCAGGGAUUACAACGACUACAACUACUACUCCGACAACGACUAUUACAACUACUACGACUACAACCUCGCCGAUGUCAACACCGUCAACAACACCGAGAUGCCCUUGUCCCCUUAAUAUAUCCAAUAAUAAUAAUAAUAAUUCUCCAUUGGAAUUUCUUUCUAUUACAACAAUGUCCCAGGAAUUGGCAGAAUCGACAACGAUAAACUCGACGACGAUCGAACAAAAAGAAAAGGAACAAAGGCAUAAAGAAUUGUUGGAAGAAACAGUGGCCGUGGGGAUGAUGUUUGCAUCGAAAGCAUUCGUACAAUUGCUUGCUAAUCCUGUUGUUGGACCUCUUACUCAUAGAAUAGGCUACAGUAUACCAAUGUUCACUGGAUUCAUUAUUAUGUUCAUAUCGACAUUGAUAUUUGCAUUUGGUCGAAGUUAUGGGAUAUUAUUUUUGGCACGUGCACUACAGGGUAUUGGUUCCUCGUGUUCAAGUGUGUCAGGUAUGGGCAUGUUGGCGGAGAGAUAUCAGGAUGAUAAGGAACGUGGAAAUGCGAUGGGUAUAGCACUCGGUGGACUUGCUCUUGGUGUUUUAAUUGGACCACCAUUCGGUGGAGUUAUGUAUGAAUUUGUUGGAAAGUCCGCACCAUUUUUAGUACUUUCGGCAUUGGCUCUUGGCGAUGGACUGUUACAACUUUUGAUGCUUCAACCAUCUGUAGUGUACACAGAAGCUGAACCACCAUCUUUGAAAUCAUUGGUUACUGAUCCAUAUAUUAUUUUAGCUGCUGGUGCAAUAACAUUCGCAAAUAUGGGAAUCGCUAUGUUAGAACCAAGCUUACCUAUAUGGAUGAUGGAUACGAUGGGUGCCAGUCGUUGGAAGCAAGGGGCGACAUUUUUACCAGCUAGCAUUAGUUAUUUAAUUGGAACUAAUCUAUUUGGUCCUCUUGGUCACAGGAUGGGCAGAUGGUUAGCGUCGUUAAUCGGUCUCAUUGUAAUCGGCCUCUGUUUAAUGUGCAUACCACUGGCUAGCAGUAUCGAUCAUCUAAUCAUUCCAAACGCUGGAUUAGGAUUUGCCAUUGGCAUGGUCGAUAGUUCAAUGAUGCCUGAAUUAGGAUAUUUGGUAGAUAUAAGGCAUACUGCUGUUUAUGGAAGUGUUUACGCUAUCGGUGACGUUGCAUUUUGUUUGGGCUUUGCCAUAGGACCCGCAUUAAGCGGUACACUGGUUAACACUAUAGGAUUCGAAUGGAUGCUCUUUGGAAUUGCCAUUUUGAAUUUCAUGUACGCACCUUUAAUGUAUUUCCUCAGAGCGCCGCCGACGAAAGAGGAGAAGAAGUCGCUGAUAAUCGGCGAGAAGUCGUCCGUGCGCUACGUAACGUACCAGAACGAAGAGGAUGAUCAAUAGAUCGCAAAUCAAUCGGCAAAUUGU